UACAAGUUUUUCCGUUACUUUCAGUGUCCACCGUUAGUUGUCGGCCCUCAAGUAUUUUGUUUUGCUCUUUGCAAGGAUUUAAUAAAUGUGCGGUGUUGCAUGGACAGUAUUUUUCCUCCGUCCUUUUUCCUUCACUUUCCCCGGAUUCCUAGACGACGCAGGUUACCAGCAAUGAGCCAGAAUCUAUAAAUAACCACCAGCUCUCCCAACUACGGUUCGGAGAUAGGACUGGAAGAUAAGAAAGGUGAAGGUGUGUGUGUGAGCUGAUGUGGACGUGAAUUCAGCAGAAUGGAUCAGUGUGAGGACGGAGAGGAGGGAGUCCCUCCCUCUAAAACCUCUCUGUGUGGGGAACAUGAGAGUCGGAGCAAAGCUCAGAGGAAUCAACCUGGACCUGGACCUGGACCUGGACCCGGUCCCGGACCCGGACCUGAACCUGGACCUGGACCCAGCUGUGUGUCCCUGAAGAGCGAUCAGUCAAAGGAAUAUCUUUUUCAUUUCAAAAGAGACCAACGUUCUGCUGUAAAGAGAGUCCAUCAGAAAAGAUACUCUCUUGAACAUGAACCCAGCUGUUUGUCCUUGAAGAGCGACCAGUCAAAGGAAUAUGUUAUUGACUUCAAAGGUGACCAACGUUCUGCUGUAAAGAGGACUUCCACCAGGGAUAAACGGGCGUCAUGGGAGGCCAAACGGGCUUCGAUAGACCUCAGAAUGUCCUCGGUGGUAUUUCCUGGAGGAGAGAUUGCUCCAGGGGAAUCCUCAGGUCGGGACCGCUUCGGCGUGGAGGACGCGCCCCCAGACUUCUUCACCAUGACUAAUCUCUCAAAAUACUCGUCUAUGGAUGCGUCUAAAGAUUUGCUUUGCUCCAGGGUCCAACAGAAAAGAGACUCUCUUGAACAUGAAACCAGCUGUUUGUCCUUGAAGAGCGACAAGUCAAAUGAUAGAUUGAUUAACUUUAAAGGAGACCAACAUUCUUCUUCAGAGAGAGUGGACCAGCAGAUCUCAGAGUCCCCCAGUGGUCCGUCUGUCCAGCAGCAUCAGACACAGCUGGACUCCAUAUUUCUGCUGCUGGAGGACAAGAUUGUCAUGUUUGUGAAGAACGAGGUGAAGAAGAUCCAGAGGGUUCUGAGUCCAGAUUACCCAGAAUCCCUAGAGCAUCUGUUGGAGGGUGAGGAUGAAGAGCAGACCAGCAGAGAGGCGUUUGUGAAGAUCACAGUGAACUUCCUGAGGAGAAUGAAGCAGGAGGAGCUGGUUGAGCGUCUGCAGAGCAAUGUUUCUGCUGCAGUUUGUAAAAAGCGGCUGAAGUCUAAGUUGAAAAAGAAGUCCCAGUGUGUGUUUGAGGGGAUCAUUAAAGCAGGAAACCCAACCCUUCUGAAGCAGAUCUACACAGAGCUCUACAUCACAGAGGGAGGGACUGGAGAGGUCAACGAUGAACAUGAAGUCAGACAGAUUGAAGCAGCUUCCAGGAAACCAGACAGAGCAGAAACAACCAUCAGACAGGAAGACAUCUUUAAACCCCCACCUGGAAGAGAUGAACCAAUCAGAACAGUGAUGACGAAGGGAGUGGCCGGCAUCGGGAAAACAGUCCUAACACAGAAGUUCAGUCAGGACUGGGCUGAAGGCAAAGCCAACCAGGACAUCCAGUUCCUGCUUCCAUUCACCUUCAGAGAGCUGAAUGUGCUGAAAGAGAGAAAGUUCAGCUUGGUGGAACUUGUUCAUCACUUCUUCACUGAAACCAGAGAAUUGUGCAGCUUUGAAGAGUUCCAGGUUGUGUUCAUCUUUGACGGUCUGGAUGAGAGUCGACUUCCUCUAGACUUCCACAACAAUGAGGUCCUGACUGAUGUUACAGAGUCCACCUCAGUGGAUGUGCUGCUGACAAACCUCAUCAGGGGGAACCUGCUUCCUUCUGCUCGUCUCUGGAUCACCACACGACCCGCAGCAGCCAAUCAGAUCCCUCCUGAGUGUGUUUCCAUGGUGACAGAGGUCAGAGGGUUCACUAACCCACAGAAGGAGGAAUACUUCAAGAAGAGGUUCAGAGAAGAGGAGCAGACCAGCAGGAUCAUCUCCCACAUCAAGACAUCACGGAGCCUCCACAUCAUGUGCCACAUCCCAGUCUUCUGCUGGAUCACUGCUACGGUCCUGGAGAAAGUCCUGGAAACCAUAGAUGGAGGGGAGCUGCCCAAGACCCUGACUGAGAUGUACAUCCACUUCCUGGUGGUCCAGGCCAAACUGAAGAUGGUCAAGUAUGAUGGAGGAGCUGAGACGGAUCCACACUGGAGUCCAAAGAGCAGGAAGAUGAUCAAGUCUCUAGGAAAACUGGCUUUUGAGCAGCUGCAGAAAGGAAACCUGAUCUUCUAUGAACCAGACCUGAGAGAGUGUGGCAUCAAUGUCAGAGAGGCUUCAUUGUACUCAGGAGUGUGCACCCAGAUCUUUAGAGAGGAGAGCAGCCUGUACCAGGACCAGGUCUUCUGCUUCAUCCAUCUGAGUGUUCAGGAGUUUCUGGCUGCUCUUCAUGUCCAUCAGACCUUCAUCAAGUCUGGAGUCAACCUGCUGGAGGAACAAAGAAACACCUCCAGGUGGUUUAAAACAAGAGCAGACACUGACCUCUAUCAGACAGCUGUGGACAAGGCCUUACAGAGUCCAAACGGACACCUGGACUUGUUCCUCCGCUUCCUCCUGGGUCUCAAACUGGAGACCAAUCAGACUCUCCUACGAGGUCUGUUGGAACCAAAACAAAGAAGAUCACAGAACAAUCAGGAAACAGUUAAAUACAUCAAGAAGAAGAUCAGUGAGGAUCUGUCUGCAGAGAAAAGCAUCAACCUGUUCCACUGUCUGAAUGAACUGAACGAUAGUUCUCUGGUGGAGGAGGUCCAACGGUCUCUGAGGUCAGGACGUCUCUCCACAGAUAAACUGUCUCCUGCUCAGUGGUCGGCUCUGGUCUUCAUCUUACUGUCAUCAGAAGAUCUGGAGGUCUUUGACCUGAAGAAAUACUCAGCUUCAGAGCAGGUUCUACGGAGGCUGCUGCCGGUGGUCAAAGCCUCCAAGAAAGUUGUGUUGAGUGAGUGUAACCUCUCAGAGAACAUCUGUGCAGAUCUGUCCUCAGUUCUCAGCUCUCAGUCCUCCAGUCUGACAGAACUGGACCUGAGUAACAACCACCUGCAGGAUUCAGGACUGAAGAAGCUGUGUCCUGGACUGGAGAGUCCACACUGUCACCUGGAGUCUCUCAGGUUGAGGGACUGUAACCUCUCAAAGGUCAUCUGUCCAGAUCUGUCCUCAGUUCUCAGCUCUCAGUACUCCAGUCUGACAGAACUGGACCUGAGUAACAACCACCUGCAGGAUUCAGGACUGAAGAAGCUGUGUCCUGGACUGGAGAGUCCACACUGUAAACUGGAGUCUCUCAGGUUGAGGGACUGUAACCUCUCAGAGAAGAUCUGUGCAGAUCUGUCCUCAGUUCUCAGCUCUCAGUCCUCCAGUCUGACAGAACUGGACCUGAGUAACAACCACCUGCAGGAUUCAGGACUGAAGAAACUGUGUCCUGGACUGGAGAGUCCACACUGUCACCUGGAGUCUCUCAGGCUGUCAGGCUGUCUGAUCUCAGAGGAAGGCUGUGCUUCUCUGGUCUCAGCUCUGAUCUCCAACCCCUCCCACCUGAGAGAGCUGGACCUGAGCUACAACCAUCCAGGAGAGUCAGCAGGGAAGCUUCUGUCUAGACUGGAGGAUCCCCGCUGGAGACUGGACACUCUCAGGGUGGAGCCUGCUGGACAACGAUGGAUGACACCAGGUCUGAGGAAGUAUUCCUGUCAACUCACCAUCGACACAAACACAGUCCACAACGACAUCAAACUGUCUGACAACAACAGGAAGAUGAUGUUUGUGGAGGAGGAUCAGUCAUAUCCUGAUCAUCCAGACAGGUUUGAUGUCUUCUCUCAGCUGCUGUGUAGAGAAGUUCUGACGGGUCGCUGUUAUUGGGAGUUCCAGAGGAGAGGAAAGUCCUUUAAAGGUGGAAGCUGCCGUUAUUCCAGGAUCCACAUGUUGUUCUUCUGUCUGUUUCCAGCCAGAGCUUCACAGUGA